AGAUUUAUACCACAAUAAUAAAAAAUUGUUAUACCUGACACUCCUCUGCAACUCUCUGUACAUACUUACCUUGUCCUUCUCUCCGAUUUGUCACUUUUCUCCUGAAAGCUCUUUGUUUCCCUGUGUUGUCAUGCUUCGGAGCUUAGUUCCUCACUCCCCAAUUAACUCCAACAACAGCAACAACAAUAACUCCUCAGCCAUGAAAACCAAGCGCGUCGACCGCGACACUGAAAUCGCUAUCGUCGACGAUCCUUCCAAGAAGCGAGCCAACAUCGAACAAUCUCAAACUCAGCAAUCGGUUGACCAACAAGAAGAGGCGUCGGAACCUGAACAGAUCGUUAUGAAAUUGGAGGGAGAGUCAACCGGAUUGAGACUCUUAGGUUUAUUGCUUCAAUGCGCUGAGUGUGUCUCCAUGGACAAUCUAUAUGACGCCACUGAUCUCUUACCGGAAAUCUCCGAGCUCUCAUCCCCGUUCGGUUCUUCACCAGAACGUGUUGGCGCGUACUUCGCUCACGCGCUCCAGGCGCGCGUUGUCAGCUCGUGCUUAGGAACCUACUCGCCUCUCACCGCUAAAUCGUUAACGUUAUCUCAGUCUCAGAAGAUCUUCAACGCCUUGCAAUCAUACAAUUCAAUCUGUCCGUUGAUUAAGUUCUCUCAUUUUACCGCCAACCAAGCAAUUUUCCAAGCUCUGGAUGGUGCGGAUUGCGUCCACGUCAUCGAUCUCGAUAUCAUGCAGGGGCUUCAAUGGCCAGGAUUGUUUCACAUACUCGCUUCCCGGUCUAAAAAGAUCCGAUCCAUGAGAAUAACCGGAUUCGGAUCCUCCUCCGAGUUACUAGAGUCAACCGGGAGACGACUUGCUGAUUUUGCCAAUUAUCUGGGAUUACCGUUUGAGUUCCAUCCACUGGAGGGCAAAAUAGGAAACGUAAGUGAUUUGAGUCAACUCGGGGCGAGACCGAGUGAGGCAAUUGUGGUCCAUUGGAUGCAUCAUUGUUUGUACGACGUAACAGGAAGUGAUUUAGGGACGUUGAGAUUGUUGACUUUGUUGAGGCCGAAAUUGAUCACAAUCGUUGAACAAGAUUUGAGCCAUGGCGGUAGUUUUUUAGGGAGAUUCGUGGAAGCGUUGCAUUAUUAUAGCGCAUUGUUUGACGCGUUAGGGGACGGAUUGGGUGUGGACAGUGUAGAGAGGCAUACGGUGGAGCAGCAGUUGUUCGGUUGUGAGAUCAGGAACAUCGUGGCAGUUGGUGGGCCCAAGAGAACAGGGGAAGUCAAAGUAGAGAAAUGGGGUGAUGAAUUAAGCCGGAUCGGGUUUAAACCCGUAUCACUAGGAGGUAACCCGGCUGCACAAGCUAGUUUGUUACUCGGGAUGUUCCCGUGGAAAGGGUAUACUUUAGUGGAGGAAAAUGGGUCACUGAAAUUGGGUUGGAAGGAUUUGUCUUUGUUGACGGCAUCGGCUUGGCAGCCGUCGGAUUAAAUAUACUGAUCGAAUGCAAUGAUGAAUGAUUGAGUUCAUCGAGUGAAAUGUUGUCGUUUUUAGGGAGUGACCAACAUUGGAUAUUUGGUGAUGGAUGGUGGGUGAGAGAGAAUGUUUUUGUUUAAUCCUUUGGAACAAUUUUGCAAGCAUGUAUGCUUUGAAGACUCAGCCGAUGGUAUCAAAUUCAUUUGUAAUUGUAAAUGCUGAUUUGAAGAAAAAUCAUUCACAUUUUCUUUUGUU